AUAAAAAGAACAAACCCUCUCCAGCAGAUACAACUGACCAAGAAAGAGAAACAGCCCUCAGCUCUCCUGAAAACAGCCAACAGGAACACCUCCGCUGAUGACGCCGAGCUAAAGGCUCUCUGCUCCAAACUAACUACUGAAGACUUGUCCACUCCUAGACUUUCUUCUUUCCUUAGUUAGCUCGCUCUCUCUCUAGACUCCGCCAUGCCUCCUCAGCUCCAGUCCCAGAACCAGAGUGGACCCAGGGUCCUGCAGGGCGACCUCAGCACCCUCAGCCCGGCCGUCAAGGAGUUUGUGGAGGCCAACGUGACUCUGUGUCAACCUGACUCCCUCCACAUCUGCGACGGCUCCGACGAGGAGAACCGCGCCAUCCUGACCCAGCUGGAGGAGCAGGGGAUGAUCAAGAAGCUCAAGAAAUAUGAAAACUGCUGGUUGGCCAGGACCGACCCGAGGGACGUGGCUCGUGUGGAGAGUAAGACGGUGAUCGUGACCAGGGAACAGAGGGACACGGUGCCCACAACGCUUGGAGGUGGAGUCAGUCAGCUUGGCCGCUGGAUGUCCCCAGAAGAGUUCGACAAAGCCAUGACUCAGCGGUUCCCCGGCUGCAUGAAAGGUCGUACCAUGUAUGUGAUUCCCUUCAGCAUGGGUCCAGUAGGUUCCCCUCUCUCUAAGAUUGGGGUGGAACUGACUGACUCUCCCUACGUGGUGGCCAGUAUGAGGGUGAUGACCCGUAUGGGGAAGGCUGUGCUGUCCGCCCUGGGGAACGGCGAGUUUGUCCGAUGUUUGCACUCCGUCGGCUGUCCGCUGCCGCUCAGAAAGCCCCUGGUGAACAACUGGCCCUGUAACCCAGAGCAGACGUUAAUUGCCCACAUCCCAGACCGCAGGCAGAUCGUCUCAUUUGGUAGCGGUUAUGGAGGAAAUUCCCUGUUGGGAAAGAAGUGCUUCGCCCUGCGCAUCGCCUCACGCAUCGCCAAGGAGGAGGGCUGGCUGGCCGAGCACAUGCUGAUCCUGGGUAUCACCAACCCGGCUGGCGAGAAGAAGUACAUGGCAGCAGCCUUCCCCAGCGCCUGCGGGAAAACAAACCUGGCCAUGCUCUGUCCCACACUGCCGGGCUGGAAGGUUGAGUGCGUGGGAGACGACAUCGCCUGGAUGAAGUUUGAUGACCAAGGCAACCUGCGUGCCAUCAACCCAGAAAACGGCUUUUUCGGCGUUGCACCUGGCACCUCAGCCAAAACCAACCCCAACGCCAUGGCAACCAUUGUCAAGAAUACCAUCUUCACCAAUGUUGCGGAGACCAGCGAUGGCGGUGUGUACUGGGAGGGAAUGGAUCAGUCGCUGCCUGAGGAGAUCACCAUCACAUCCUGGAAGAACGAGCCCUGGAGCUCGGAAGACGGCGAACCCUGUGCUCAUCCCAACUCUCGUUUCUGCACUCCCGCCGGUCAGUGCCCCAUCAUCGACCCACUGUGGGAAUCCCCGGAGGGAGUCCCCAUUGAGGCCAUCAUUUUUGGAGGGCGCAGACCAGAAGGCGUCCCUCUGGUGUAUGAGGCUUUCAGCUGGCAGCACGGCGUGUUUGUCGGAGCAGCCAUGAGAUCAGAGGCCACUGCUGCAGCUGAACACAGAGGAAAGGUAAUCAUGCACGACCCGUUCGCCAUGCGCCCCUUCUUCGGCUACAACUUCGGACAGUACCUCUCUCACUGGCUGAGCAUGGCGGACCGCCCCGGCGCCAAGCUCCCCAAGAUCUUCCACGUCAACUGGUUCCGCAAGAGCCCCACCGCCGGCUUUCUCUGGCCCGGCUUCGGCGACAACAUCCGCGUCCUGGACUGGAUGUUCAGGCGGGUGAACGGCGAGGCCGGCGCCAUGCCCUCCGCCGUGGGCUACCUGCCGUGCCGCGACUCCCUGAACCUCCAGGGUCUGCGGGGCGACGUGGACCUGGACGAGCUGUUCUCCCUGGAUCAGGAGUUCUGGCAGAGGGAGGUGGAGGACGUGAGGGGGUACUUCACCACGCAGGUGAACGACGACCUGCCCAACGAGGUGGCCCGGCAGCUGGAGCUCCUGCACCAGAGAGUCAAGCAGAUGUAAAGGAAGAUUACAAAAAAAAAAAAAAAAAAAAAAAAAGAGGGAAAGAACCACGUGUAAGCGAUUUCAGGCGUGUUGAUAAUCCUAGAACAACAUGCCUCUAAUUCUAGAUCAGUAUUCUAGUCGUUCCAGAACAUAUCAGAAAUUCAAGAAAAACAGAACUUUAAUAAUUCUGAAACCACGAACGGAAUGUGAGUAAUUCUAGAAUAUCUCCCUGUUCUUUUACUGAGUCUUUUUUUUUUUUUUUUUUUUUUUUUAUUAGGGGCUCAAUUUUUUUUUUUUUUUUUACAAAGGAUUCCUUUCUUACAAAUUCAUUCAAAGAGGAGCAUGUUCUUCUCUGAUAAUUUUUUUAGCUUUAUACUUAAAAAAAAAUGAAAAAAAUCCUGCUUAGUUCAUACUGUAGUUAGAAAUCCUCUCUGUUUUGAGAUUAUUUUUCUGAAAAUGUUGACAAUGUAAAAAAUUCACCUGGGAAUGUUGAGAUGGUUCCAAGCCCGCUUGUCCGAAUAGGAAUUAUUUUCCUUUCUAUCCAUUCACAUGCUGUUGUAGCAGCGAAGGGUUUUAAACUGUUGUUGUUCAAGUGUAUUGUCCUGCUGCACCACUGAUAUUUAAUAAUAACUUAUUAUGAAUGCACAUCAUACUGUCCCUCCCAUGUGGAUUUGUAUGGCACAGAAAGAGUCCAGGUUAGCUCAGCUCCAGUCAUGUUUGAUCUCUCAAACAUGGGAGAAAUACAGGUUUUCUGCUCCUGUCAUAUUUUUUUGCCUUAAUUUAUUUUUAUACUGUGUUGGUAUCUCUUGGUCAUGUGUUGUUGUCAUCUUUAGCCCCCAGUGGGUGAACACAACAAUAAAGGUAUUUAAACUUA